AUGUUGUUGUCGAAGCUCCAGUAUCGCCUGGCAUCCGUGGUCGCGAUCCUCGUCCUACUGACUCUAGAUCUGCUCUGGAAGUUGAAGACUGGCGGGACCGUCAGAUUUCGACUGGGUUACCAGUCCGACAAAUCGAGCCCUCGCAUUGAAUCUAACAGAGUUAACGGCCUCAAGAAGCCCAAUGGUUCCAAAGCAUGGAUCUACUCAGGACCCGAGGCAGAGGACAAAGCGGUGAUUCUGGCAAAGACUCACGGAGAAGAUGUGAGUUGGGUCUUUGACAAUCUGCAAGAUUGGAAACAGGCGAUAUACUACAUGGAUGAACCAGAUGGAGGAAUGCUUCAUCCACCCCUCAACAAGGGCAGAGAGGCUAUGGCGUACCUCACAUUCAUCAUCGAUCACUACGACGUUCUGCCAUCCUACAUGGUCUUCGUUCAUCCACAUCUGCAAGGCUGGCCCGCGGCGUGGCAUACGGACAGUAAAAAUCACAACCAAAUCAAUUCUAUCAGGUCUCUGAGGCUCGCAUACCUCGAAGAGCAUGGAUAUGCCAACAUGCGCUGCAUUCCUGACCCGGGCUGCCCAGCAGAAAUACAAGUCGACCGACAAGACGAGCGCCGCACGGCAGAGCACGCCAUGAGGGAAGCGUGGCCAUACAUGUUUGGGGGGAAUUAUUCCGACAUACCCAAGGUUAUCGCUCAACCCUGUUGUUCGCAAUUUGCGAUAUCGAAAAAGCAGGCUCUGAAACGCAGCCAAGCGGACUACGAGCAUUACCGUCAGUGGCUCCUCGAUACGCCACUAGAUGACGAUACGAGUGGGCGGGUCUUCGAGUAUCUCUGGCAUGUCAUAUUUGGACAGGAAGCUGUGCACUGUAUUCCUUUGAAACAAUGCCGCUGUGAGCAGUUUGGCCAGUGCUAG